AUGGCUGGCACUCACUGGUACUGGGGUGCACGUGUCCAUGGCUGGCACUCACUGGUAUCGGGCUGUACGUGUCCAUGGCUGGCACACACUGGUAUCGGGGUGCACGUGUCCAUGGCUGGCACUCACUGGUAUCGGGCUGUACGUGUCCAUGGCUGGCACACACUGGUAUCGGGGUGCACGUGUCCAUGGCUGGCACUCACUGGUAUCGGGCUGUACGUGUCCAUGGCUGGCACACACUGGUAUCGGGGUGCACGUGUCCAUGGCUGGCACUCACUGGUAUCGGGCUGUACGUGUCCAUGGCUGGCACACACUGGUAUCGGGGUGCACGUGUCCAUGGCUGGCACUCACUGGUAUCGGGCUGUACGUGUCCAUGGCUGGCACACACUGGUAUCGGGGUGCACGUGUCCAUGGCUGGCACUCACUGGUAUCGGGCUGUACGUGUCCAUGGCUGGCACACACUGGUAUCGGGGUGCACGUGUCCAUGGCUGGCACUCACUGGUAUCGGGCUGUACGUGUCCAUGGCUGGCACACACUGGUAUCGGGGUGCACGUGUCCAUGGCUGGCACUCACUGGUAUCGGGCUGCACAGGUCCAUGGCUGGCACACACGGGUAUUGGGGGUAUUGGCAAUCAACCUGUUUCUUCAUACUAGAAUUCCCCUGAAGCAGCUGACACCCCCAGCCUCCCUCCUCCUCCUUUGUCCUGAGCUGCCAUCUCUGCCGCACAGGCCGUGUGCCAGCUCCCAGCUCCGAGCAAUGGGCAGUUCUGGGCACGGGACCAGCCACCUCCCGUGCGCGCAGGCCGAGGCAGACAAGCCGGCACCUUGUUCCUUGGGCACGUUUUGGUCACUGCAUUUACGGAACAACAGCCCGAUACGGGCUAAUCGCAGCGCAUCCCGCUCCCGCUGCCAGUGGACGGGGACGCUUAAACCAGGGCGUGAAUGACAUUUGGGGCUGGAAAGGUGACGCCGAGCAGUGUCCCCUCUCCCCCCGCCCCGAUUCACUGCAGGGAAAGCCUUCAGCACCAGUUGGGACCAGCCCCAAGUCUGGCCGAGGUGAGUAGCUGUGUGUGCAAUGUGGCGAGUAAGCAACGUGCACCUGGGGGAGCUCCCAGUUAAAGCCCCGUAGUGGGAGGAGACCCACCGCCAGCUUGUCUGUCAUGUAGCACGAGGACUGUGUAGGGGGCAAACGGCUGGGCUGGCUGCGGGGCUCCAGCCAGGCAAUGGAAAUCCCUUCCUUCCUUCCUUCCUUCCCGGCGAAAGGCAAGGAGGUGGUGCUUGACUGAGGGGAUCUGGGGUGACAAGGCGGGUACUGGGUAAGCUGGGAGGGCUGAGGCUCUGGGGCCUGGUGUUUACCUUCCCACUCCCCUUUGGGAGGGAGAGCCCCGAGCUCUUUCCCGAGCGCUAUUUCGAGCGGUAGCAUCACGAAAUCACCGGCCACGAGAAGGGACCACGAGAAGAAAGGGAUACAAAGGUCAGGAAUCUGGAUUUGCUGCGUGGCGUGGGGUCCUCGUGGUGCGCAUCUGUGCUGCUCGGUGCGGCCGGCGCAUCCCCGCAGCCCUUUCCCCGCAGCGGGGUGGCUCGCAGCGGGCCCGCAAGCUGCGUGCACGGAGAUGCCGGGGGCUGGCGGACGGACCCCUUGCUAAGUGCUCGUCCCUGCUUUGGCUAUGUGCAUCUACCCGCCCGAGGGAUUCAGUCUGAAUGAGCUUCCCCCGAUGAGCCCCCAAGGCAGGGAAGGGCCAGGGCGGAUCCUCUUCCUUCCGGGGAUGCCCGUGGCAGUCAGCCGGUGCCGGUCCCCUGCCUCCAGCCCCCGUUAGUCCGGGCUCUACAGAAGGGUCCUCCAGUUUACCCCAGCAGCGGCACGGAGGUUAGACGAGACACAACAGUGUCACACAAGCUGUACUGGGAAAGCCUCUCCGGAGUAAGGAAAUGCCUCUUGAAGGCACCCAGGAGGCAGUGAAAUAGCUGGGCAAAGGGUGUCCAAAAGGGGAAAACAUUUCGUCCAGCGAGUAGGGCUCGGGCUGUUUCCAAGCCCCUCGCUCCAAUUAUUUCUGUUUGAAAGCAGCUCUAACACUGGUACCCAACUUUCCUCUAAUCUGUAAGAACGGGUCUGCAUUGCAACUCUGACUCCUGACAGUCGGCUGCUGCUCUGCUGGUCUUGCUGGGAGCUGUCCCGGACAGCCGAGGAUUGCAGGAAGAGUGAAGGGGCAUCAGCUCAGAGAUCAACGGGUGUUCACUGGCCUAGGAGCUUUCACCACACUCUCCACAAACAAAUCAAAGCAACAGACCGCCCGACAGAUGCUAACAGGCAAAGAAAAAUGCUAUUCUGUCUCUCACUGGAACAAAAAUACAGUGAUUUUGAUUUCUCUCCCAGUACAGCACAAUAUGAAUAAAACACCUGGCCUGGAACCCUGGUUCCUCCAAAUCAAUGGCAAUCUCCCAUUAGUUCAGUAGGGCCAGGACUUCAUAAGCCCAUUAUCGAUAGGCGUAUAUUUGCUUUGUACUUCAAUCCCUGCUGUUUGUCAGUAGGUAGGUAUCCAUUCAUCCUCUGGCUAGUGUCAGCAAAAAGUGAUUCUAAAUCCACUUACUCGUUUUGGUGUUGACGUAGUAUCUUGAGACCCCAGUCAGGGAACAGGCUCCAUUGUGCAACGUGCUGCAUGCCCAAGUACGUACAAAGCUAUCUCCUGCUCUAAACAGCUUAGGCCUGCAUCAGCAUUAGAGAAGGUAGGUGGUGAUAGCUGAGCCAACAGGAUAGCUCCAGUGUUAAACAGCAAUCAUUUGGACACUUUGAUGUGUGAGCAGGCAUCCAAAUAACUAGCUGAGAUAGGCAUCACUCCCAGUGGCAAGCAGCUUUCAGAAAAGAUUCAGUAACCCAAUGUCAUAAUGCCCUGGACAAGAGUAAUACUACGCUCCACUAUAUCCACAGAAUGCAGAUCCCACCACCCAUGGUGCUACUGGAGAGCUGGAGGCUCCAGACAUUGCUGCACCGAGUGACUACUGUGUGGGAUCAAAGUAUGAUACAGGCACAGGGGGGAACCAGAAAGUAGUUCUGGUGCACAAAAGGCCUGCAGGCUUCUGAAACAAACCAGCUCCUGCUAGCACAUAGGAUCAUCUUCUGCCUCCAGAUAUAACUCCCACCUUCCUCUUGUCUUGACAAUGCUUCUUCCUAUACAGUAAUUUGCACCUGUAUCUUUCUACACUAGACAACCUUCCCCAUCAUUGCCAUCACCAGUGGGAGUGGCAGGCAGGGCAAAGGUGGCUUAUGGCUUUUUUACCUGCUCCAAGUAAGCCUAGAUGAUAUGACAACAAAAAAAGCUCUGGCUGAUAAUCUAUAAUGGAGCAUCCACCACAGGUAGGAAACUUUAGGAAAUGAAUGCUGAUGUACUCAACUUAAGAGUUCUUCUGGAUUUAUUUGAAGACACAAAACCAUUGGUAAUUCCCAAUAGUCAGACUUUUUCCCUGUCACAGUAAUGGAAAACAGAGCCUGCUUAUUCAACAAGCCUCUUUGGAUCACGGUUCCAGUGGAAGGAAAGAACCUCAGCAAAAUGGAUCAGGGCUCAGUUCCUCAAAACUAUUUGGGUGUGCUUUUAGGUAAGAAGUAAGCAGUACAGAGUCAGAAAGUUGCUUCCUGAAGUGUCCCGUUUUUUGAUCCUGCCAUUCUUUGCUCAGAUAUUAUGUGCCCUGAGCGAUUAAUUAUGAAAAGAUGAAACAUUACAACAGCCUUAAACAAAUGUUAUUUGUAUUACUGCAGCACCCAGAUACCCUAUCUGAGAUGGGAUCCCAUGCUUAGGUAUUGUACUGAUAUUUAGUAAGAGACAGCCUCUGCCCCAAAGAGUUUAUAGUCUUUAGAGAUCAGACAGAUAAAGAAAAGAGUACCAUUCUCCUAUUUAAGAUAGAAAGACAGAAGUACAGGAAGACUGAUUUGCUCAAAAUCAGUCACUCAAAAACUCUGACAAGAGCUAGGAAUUUAAUUCCUGUCCUUUUAAGUCCCAGCCCACUGACAAUAAGGCAUUUUCCAUUUGCAGGAAUAUAUUCAAUUUAUACUUUUUAUAUUAAAGUAGCUAUUUCCCAGUCAAUCAAAGUGAGUCAUUUCCCUUUGGUUUCUUACUGCAUUAGACAUAAAAUUACCCAGUAUAACACUGCCAGGGGUUUUCCUCCUCCUCCUGAAAGUUCUAGGAUGAACAAUCCCUGCGUGUGAAUAAAGGUGAAAGUAAUAAUUGCAUGGAGGUGAAAGGAGCUUUAGCCAUUGUUUCUUCAGAAACACCUUUUAACACAGUGCCACUCUCAGCAAUAUCCUUAUUAGUGUUGCUCUGUGCAGCUCUCAAUCCUAUCAUGGGACCAUCAGCAGCACUAGCAGCUUUCUCCUAGUAGAAGCUCUUUUACUACAAUUCAAUUAGCGUGAAUCUAGGCACAGGCUGAGGAUAUGCUAUCGAGCAGAUGAGAUUUCCUGCAUUUGCACAAGAGACAUUGAAGGAAGAAUGAAGCAAAAUAAAGGGGGCCACAAUAACAUGAAAGGACAACUCAAGACUGACCGAAGCAUCCUUCACUUGGAAAUUGAUGGCCAUAUGGUCUCUGCUUCCCCCCAC